GAAACACUACGGAGUAUGAAACACUUUGUGGAGAAAAUAGAUGACCUGGCAAAAAAGAAUCAAAUCGACUCUGCUCUGGCCCUUCUUAUUACCAAAGCUUGGUCAGCUGCCAAGGAGUCGGACAUGACAAAAACUGAGGCAAAAGACAUUAUGUACCAUUUAUACAAAACAGCAAUAGGAAGUAUGCAAAGGCUUAUGCCAAAAGAGAUUAGAAUACUGAAGUACUUGCUCACAAUUGAAGAUCCAGAGCAACGCAUCUCUGCUUUGAAAGAUGCUUUCACGCCUGGGGAGGAGCUUGAAGGAAAGGACGUUGAUUUGCUAUAUACGUUCAUCCCAAGGCAGACUAUAUAAUCAAAGGAGCAAAAGAGAUAUGGCAGAGCUUGACCGAGAAAAUAUAAAGAGAGAUAUCCGAGAGAAAUACCAAGUCCAAGGCACCUGAAACUGCAACUGGAGUUCUAGAUAGAGUUCUUCUUUUCCCUUUUAUAUUGUAAUCGGGGUUUUGAGGAUUAGCUACGUGUAGCUUCCUCAGGUUGGGUAAAGUGUGUGGUGAGAGCUUUGUUGUAAAGUUGAGAUCGAGGCUCUCUACCCGAAAGGUAGAGUUGCAUAACUCCUCCUAGAGAGGAUAGAGUUGGGGUGGCUCAAGGGUAGACUAGUAGAGUUACUCUUGUAGUCAUUCAAAGACUUUUUAGUGAAGUAGUUUAAAAUUCCUCCAAGGGAGGUCGAGGUUUUUUAAUCCCUGUGAGUCAAGGGAUUUUUCCUCGUUAAAUCCUUGUGCACUUUACUAUUUCGCAUUUCCCCUUAUCCAACACUAGAACUUGGCGAAAAACUGUCACGGUUUCACAGACACACACAAUUUACCCCCCCCCCCCCCCUUCCUCUUGUGUUACUAACCG